AUUGUACGGCGUUUAAGAAAUUUUGCUUGUCAUUCAAUUUCAACUCGAAAAACUGUUUGUAAUUGUCGCUAAAACAAGAAAUAAUGGCUUUAUUAGAUUUUUGUCGUUUGGAUGAGAAAAUUAAUCUAAGACCGGCUGAUUCUCUCGCUACUUUUCAAAAUGACGUAGUUGGAUUCACCCAAAAUUUCGUAAAUAGUGCUCAACUUGCAACUCCUCCUUUUGCCAAUCCGGUGGAAACUUUAGCUCAAUUCAACACAAAAGAUGAGACGGGCCGCCAGAUUAAAAUUGAAUUUGAUCAUGGUACAACAACUCUUGGAUUCCGGUACAAAGGAGGAGUAUUAUUGGCUGUAGACUCCAGAGCGACAGGCGGUCAAUUUAUUGGAUCACAGACCAUGAAGAAGAUUGUUGAAAUCAAUGAUUACUUACUUGGCACAUUGGCUGGAGGUGCUGCCGACUGUGUAUACUGGGACAGAGUUUUGGCGAAGCAAUGCAGGUUGUAUGAGCUCAGGAAUCGUGAGAGGAUCUCUGUGGCUGCAGCCAGCAAGCUGAUGGCCAACAUGGUGUAUAACUACAAGGGUAUGGGACUGAGUAUGGGUAUGAUGCUCGCUGGAUUUGAUAAAAGGGGUGCACAGCUGUACUAUGUAGACAGCGAAGGUACAAGGACACCGGGCAAGGUGUUCUCAGUUGGUUCUGGAUCUGUUUAUGCUUUUGGUGUGCUCGACUCGGGAUACCAUUGGGACCUUGAAGAUGUGGAAGCACAGGAACUAGGCCGUCGUGCUAUCUACCACGCGACUCACCGUGACGCGUACUCGGGCGGUAUCAUCAGAGUGUACCACAUCAGUGAUAAGGGUUGGGUCAACAUCUCAAAUGAGGACUGUUCCGAGCUGCAUUACAAAUACCAAGCCGAGAAGGGCAUCACUGAAUAAGCACUUUGAUAAUAAAUUAUGGAUAAUU